UGUUUUACUCACAUGUCUCAUGCUGCUGCCAUGGCUUCCGCUCUCGCUCUCGCUCUGGGCGGUGGCGUCCCAGCGGGUCUGGGUCAAAGCGGGGCGGGUGCUGGUGGGCCGGCGCGUGGUGAACCAGAGCCUCACGGAGCUGGGAGUGCCCGCCUUCGAGUGGACCGAGUCGGAGGCCGCCCUCGUGGAGUGCGUGCGGCGCCUGCUCACCUGCUAUGGCCAGGUGCCGCCUGAAGGCCUGCGCCAGCUCACCGCCACCUUCCCGGAGAGCGCGCGGUGCUUCGAGGCCAAGCUGUUCGCCUGCCACACGCGGUGGACGCAUCUCUCCUACCAGGGCCCAGUGUGGUACCCGGCGCGCGCCUGGACGGACCGCUACUUCUCCUUAAGGAGGUUUCCGUCGAAAGGUGCAAGCUUGUGGUGCCUCUUCUUUCGGCGCGCCCACAUCAAGGGCCAAACCAUCCUGCCCUUCGACACCUGCCAGGUGUGUGCCGACACCAGCCACGCGUUUGUGGGCAAGCCCAGCUGCAACAUCGGGAAGGUGUGGAGGCCCGCCGGCUUCGCGCGCUUCGAGAACUCCAUCCACCACAACAUGGCCUUCCUGGCGACUGACCAGAGCGCGCCCGAAAUAAGGGAAGCCGUGGCUUUUGGUGGCCGGCACCCUGGCGUGUGGCGGCUCACGGCCCCGCUGCCCAUCACCACGGAGCCCAACUGGGAGUUCCAUCCGGAGGUGGAGGUCUCGCGAUAUCACCCCGGCUGUUUGGAUCUGAAGUUGUCGCACUACGCCCACGACUCGGGCUUCAGCUGGAACUGUCGCUUCCCCAACUGCGGCUGCGCGCUGGAUGGCCGGCUCUCUGCAGUGAGCUUCCGGAAUCAGACCUUGCUGUACGCGCGCGCCAAUGUGAAGCCGCAGGGCGGUGGGCGUUUCGUGCAGGUCGCGCGCCAAGAUGAGCUGGGCUGGGGGGCGUUUUCUGCGAUUCACAUCCUGGACUACGACAUGUUCGAAGGGGACAUCUACAUGUUUUACGUGAAUGUGAAUCCUGCGAAUUCGAGCACCUUGUUGGCCUUGUUCCCCAUCCUGGAUCGGGGGAAGAACCGGAGCAGCAUCGCCAUGUCGCUGUCCGAGGACGGGGUGUGGUGGUCCUCGGUGGUGGACCUCAUCGCCACGGUGCCCUCCUACGGAGGUCGUACCUUCGACCACCCAGUGGAUGGCUUGGAGGUGGAGGGGACCUGGGUGCAUUUCUUCGUGCAUCACAACGUGCCGGGCAUCGGCAGCUCCAGCUACGCGGAGCCGCCGUCGACGACGGCGGCGGAGCACCCCUCGAGCAUCCACCGCUACGCCAUGGGGCUCGAGCACCUGGCGACGCUCACAGGGCAGGCGGUGCAGCAGCUGCGGGCGGAGAAGCUGAAGCACCCCGUGGUGCUGCCAAAGGCGGCUCCAGGCAGCAGCUCUGACGUGAAGGGGGCGGUUCAGCAGGUGGGCCUGGACGACGGAAGCCGCCGGUGAGCUGGGCGUAGCCGGUGGGUUCUGCCCGGUGAGCUCAUAGCUCUCGUCUCUGCAUGUUUCAGGCCAAAAUGGUCACACUCCGCGAACUGACUGAAUUUGAAGGGAAUGGGCUUCCAGGA